UGGUAGAGAUGGCUGUAUAUUUGUAGACGGUCCCUUAAAGCUGUUAUAGGUUGUCUAAUAAACGAUUGUUUGACAUACUUAGUUUUAUCCAGGACGUACUACGCUGACAAUGAAAGAGAAACAGAGCAGGAGAAGCAGGACUCCCUUGAGACAGUUGUCCUUAUAGAUGGAGCAGGUGGGAGGAAACCUCCACGGUACCCCUGGAUCACAGGCAAAAUCCAGGGAAAUGGAAGAUGUUGCAACCAAAAGACUACGGAGGAAAAAUAAGCAACAAGGAGCAGGAAGUGCCAGCAAGAACGUUCAGGUGAGGAGGAGAAAGAGAAAUCAAAGAAAGAAGAAAAGCAUCUCAAAAGCAAAAGAAGUUGCCGAUGUUAAGAGUGAAAGCACAGAAAAGGACCAUGAGGAGGUUGUGGAGAUGACAAGCAGCCAAACACAGGAUGGUUUGUCUUCAGAAACACAGCUUUUGGAUCCCCAGGCUGCAGACAAGGUGCCAAAAGAGAACACUGGUGAACAACACAAGAAAGUUGUAAAAACGGUGGAAGUUCAUACUCAGACAAAGAAACAGAAAGGCAAAGAAAAAUACACACAGACUUCAGUUGUUUCUCAAAAGAACCAAGAAACACAGACAGACUUCCUUGUGCCAACACAAGACGAUGCAAAUGACCGAAAGAGUCAACCUGGCAUGAGUAGCCCUGCACAGACACAACUUAAAGAGGACAUACAUGAACCUCAAUCUGAGCAGAAACACAACAGCGCUUCUCCGACUCUGUUAGGGCAAAAUGAAAAUCCAGCCAACAGUAGAGAAUCAGCUGAGUCAAAGCCUAAAGUGGAGAAUGAUCCAUCUGCUGGAGUCUCGGGUGAUGCAACGUGCCAAGAAGAAAAAGAUAAGAAGCCAAAGUCUUAUGCCAAAGCUGUGUCUGGAGAGGGUGGAGGUGAGAGACUCUCCAGCUCCAAAACAGCUGAUAAAACACCCAGCAGCACCCGCGAUCGAAGCCCAGUGAGACCUCCUUCCAGUGCGCCCAUGUUCACCGUUUACAUCUACGCUGUGCUGGACAAGAAGUUCAGAUUCCACCGAGAACAUGACACACUUGUGCUGUUUCAUGAAAGAGGGUAUAUGCCCCUUGAAAUAACACAUUUUCUUGGACUGAAGCAGGGAGGCUAUCUGAUAGAAGCAAGUCUGUCUAUUGAAGAAAAAGACUUGGAAGGAGGAGCCGGGGUGACCUACUGGUAUGGUGUAAAACAACGACACAAAGAAAUUUUAGCAACUGCAGCAAGACAUUUUCAGAUUCCAUUUGACCGUAGCAUUAAAGAGCUUCACCUUUACGAAGGCUUCAUCUGUCGUGAUGAUGUAAGCUUUAUGAAAACUGGUCUUCAAAUGUUUGGUCUGAGGAAAUCAAAAGGUGAGGAGCUUUCAGAUGCCUGGCAGAACUCAGCAGCAACGCUGCUGAACAGAAUCUUCCAGAAAUGGACUUCAUCAGACAAACGGAGUACGGAGAGGCUGUGUAGCGACUUGACAUGUUUUACACAGAGCCUGCUUUCCGCUCCAGCAAGGAUGAGGUACCAAGAUAACUCAGUACCUCCAACGAUCAAGGCGACAGAGCUGAUUUCAGAGAAUUUGAUUCAGAUCUUGAAAGGAGAGCCAAAAGAGGAACUCCGGGGCAGCUGCAGGAACGUCAGUCCUCUUGUUCUGGGCCUGCGGGUUUUCACGGUUACCAGAAGCUGUAGCAUCAACCUUGGAGUUAAAGGCUGGGCCGAGCUGUGUCUACUGUUGUCUUCAGAGACCGCAAUGGACGAGAAAAAUCUGGAGGAGUUGCACACUUCUUUUGAAAAGCCACAGUUCACUGUGUUGGGUCUGAUGAACGACUGUGUUCAGAACAAGGUGGUGGAGCUUGUCCUGCUCCUUCCUCUGCUCUUCAGGCUCAGACAACCAGGAGCUGGUGCAGGAAAACUGGAACCAGUUAUGGAGGAGGAGGACUGGUCCGGACUCAGUCCCUUUAACUUUGUCAGAUUCAGAGAGAGUAUCCAGUUCCAACCAGACAAAAUAAAGAGGAUGUUUUCUCUGAUCCAGAAACAUUUAUCAGCGGCUGCAGAGAUGCCUCUGCUCUUGAUCGGCUGGUUAUCUCUGGUCCCAUUUGAGGAUCUUCCUGAAUUUUCAGAGCUGACAGGAAUACAGGCAGAACACCUGAUCCAGAGUCUGAUGUACAGACUGAGAAAAUGUGCAGAGACAGGGGAUCUGAACAGAGCUGAGCAGAAUGUAAAGCUUGCUCUGAAAUCUUUGAACUACAUCCUGCUGAAGGUGGACAAAGAAAAGGACAGAAUGAUGCAGUGUGAAAACAUCAAGCCAGCACUGAUGAGCAGCAUCAGUGUGGUGAGGAGCGCAUGCAGGAUUGUGAGAAUCGUCCCGUGGUACCCGGCAGUGGUGCAGUCCUACCAGCUGCUGCUGAAAUUGUCAGAACUCCUGGAAACCAAACUGAGAAGAGAGUCCAAAGAGGAUGAGUUUGAGACAUUAAAGCAAACAUUCUUGAAGGAGGUGUUUGCUGUGCAGCAGAAAAUCAGUGAGUGGCGAGAUGAACUACUGCAGAAACCCCUCAUGACUUCAAAAACACUCACCUAUCCAAAGGAAUUUGAGAUGUGGGACGCGCUGUUGAGAGAAGAAGGUUGUUCUGAGGAAAUUACAUCCCACUGGGUGGAGAGCUUAAAGAAAGACCUGAAGAAGAGGAUCUCUGUGACAAGUGAUGAAGACAAAGUGCUGCUAUGCUGCCUGGAGUCGUCGGUGGCAGCUAUAAGAAAAAGUCACGAUAUUCUGCAGGCCUGUUUUGAUGAGAUGUGUCACUUUGCCAUCAAGACAGUUUGCCAGAGAGGACAGGAGGGAAACCUGAUGCGAAGUCUCAGCUCGAAGGUGAAAGAUCUCCCUGACGUUGUUGUUUCUGCUUUUGUGGUGGAGUCGGCAAAACGGUUCAAAGAGAACACGGUGGUCCAGCUGCUGGAUCCACAGUCUGCCAUGAACUUCCUCCUGUCUACCUGUGACUGGAGAUCCAUCCAGGUUGAUGAUACUGCAGGACAUGUGGUGCACAGUUGUGUGGAGGCUGUACGGUCUCUAGUGGUGUCUCUGCUGGAAGGACAUGUGAACCUGGGACAUCUGCAGACCUGCCUAAAAUAUCAGACGCAGUUUAAGAGACUGUACCAUCAGUACAAGAAAAACACCAUGUCUGAGACUGUUCCUGUUGAUCCAGAGGUUGUUUUGGCUGAGAGACAAAAGGAUCUGAACACUUUCAUGCAGCGGAGACAGCAGAUUGAAACACUGAUAAAAAUGAUGGCAAAGGUUACAGAAAGCAUCACAGUUCCUGAGAUGGCGACUCUCGAGGAGCAACACAGUGCAGACCUCCAUGCCGUUAGCCUGAACAAACUGGCUCUCGUUCAGUCCUUUGAUGCACAGGGGAAGCUGAAGACGACGGGUCCUCCACAGGUCAUCUGGUAUAAAAUCAGUAUGAACGUCUUAAAAAUGUCCAGUGAGAUGCUCAAACUGCAUCAUAGCAGCCUGGUUCUGUCCUCUUGGGUCAAGCGGGCGGCUUCUUUAGCAUUAGCCCGGCAUCCCACCCCACCACCUGUUCAGGUGACCCUCACACAGAUCUGUGAGAACAUCUGGAAUCCUCUGCUGACAGAGUUCUCUCAGCUUGGUGUCAGCAUUGCAGAGGCGAACAUCAGUUUCCAGCAGCUCGAUCAUGUGUUGGUGGAGUCUGGCGACCCGGGUGAUGGGAAGCUGAUGGAGAAGGAGCUGAAUCUGAUGUCAGAGGCCGUUUCUGCUGCAGGAGCCUUCACAGCUGGCGUGAACUGGGUAGAGCUGAGGUUGGGUCAGAUCCAGGCGUAUCGACAGCUCCACGAGGCAGCAACUGCAGCCAGCGCUGUGCUGAGGAUCGCUGAGAAAAUGAAGCUGUCUGGAAACUUUAAGGAAAUCAGCACCCUCAGCCAACUGAAUGAAGACACCUUUAAGCAGAGGGCCCUGGGGUCUCUGACUGAUGAUCUGUUUCGUGCCAGACAGCAGCUGUCCACAGUCACCAAGCAGCACACUGCUUGUCUGGAAGAGUUUCUAGCCAGCCAAACUCUGGUCAGAUGGGUCAAAGAGAACCUUAAAAAUAUGAGCGAUGUGAAGGUUUAUGUCGACCUUGCUUCCAUAUCUGCUGGAGAGAACGACACAGAGAUUGAUCAGGUGGCUUGUUUCCAUGAUGCCGUGAUGGGUUAUGCUCCUCUGCUCUACACCCUCUCCCCUCAGGCUGGUUUUGAGGAAUUCAUGAGGUGCGCUCAGCAAGUGUGGGACACCCAAAACAGAGAUGAGAAGCUCCCUGACAAACUGAGAGAGUCAACUCGAUUAUUAAGCUGGCUGAAAGCCCUGAAGGAGACUCAUGGCUCUGUAGAGCAGUCUUCGCUCUCAUUGGCUACUUCUAUCAAUGCUUAUGGAGUUUACCACAUUGGAUGGUCUGAUGGAAACACAGAAAGGAGAUGUCUACAAAACAUGGUCCAGGUGACAGUGAAGAGGGGCAGAGAGGAGAAGACCUACAGGCUUGAAGACCUUCUGGAGCUUCAGAACAAACUCAUGCUCAUGUCGUCCAAAGGGGAACACGGCAAAGAACAAGUCAACAGAUUCACAGAGGUUUUUGAAGGCGUUCAGAGGGUGGGAGCCGUCCUUCUUCAGAUGCAAACCUCUGGCAACAUGCUCUUCAGAGAAUGGCAGGCUGAGGUCCGCUGCUGCCCACAGCAGCAGCCGAGCAUCAGCAUCACCUUCUUGUCUUUGAAUGGUAAACAGAUGGUGUACCACGGCGAAGUGACAGAGCAGCUACAGAAGCUUUCUCAGUCCAUGGAUGACUGCCAGGAAGGAUGGUGCUCCUUCAUCAGUGACAUGCGCUCAACCUACAGCUUGUUGAAUCACUACACCUCAGAGCAGAUGGUGUACCUGUGCCACUGGAUACACAUAGUGUGCCAGCGACAGGCAUCAGUUCCACAACAGCUGUGGCACUUACUUUUCCCCAUAAAGCCACAGUGCACGCUAACUGAUGUCAGGGUUGCUUAUGCAGAAAGCAUGACCACAAUGCAGGAUGAAUUAGAUGAGUCUGACGAUGAAGAUGAGUAUUUUGAGCCUUCUUUGGACUUAGCUUCAUCUGGAGACACUGAAGGAGACAUGGAGGAGGCUCGUGAUUUGAUGGAGUUUUCAGAGGAUGAAGACGAUGAUAUGAAAUGUGAUGUUGAUGACACAGAUGAGGACAGUUUGGAGAACCUCUGGAACCGAUUUAAGAGAGACAUGUCACGUUACCUCAGCGAGUCCCUGGACAUCUUGACUUUGGCCUACUUCCUGUCAUGUCUGUCUGAAAUUAAUCAGCUACACAUGAUCAGAAAUCUUCCACCACUUCUCCAGGAAGGAAAGCCAAAUCUUGUGCUCUGUCCACAUGCUGAGGUCUUCACCACCACUCUGUCUUUUUACAUGGAGAGUCCAGAGCAACCUCUGCCGUCGGAUGAUGAGGUUCUAGUCUGCAGGGAGGAAACCACCAAAGAAGAGGUGGAGAUCUUUCUACGCAGAGCUCUCAGCCAAAGAGCCAAACAAAACUGGCAGAAAAUUUAUUCUCUAGUUAAUCCUGGUGUUCUGGGAUAUGAUGUCAGUGAAGCCUUAGUGGAGCUAUUUGAGGGUCUUGAGAGAAGUGCCAGCCCACAUUAUCGUUUGGUAAUAGUAAGUCCUGUCGUCCAUCAGCAUAGAUGUGUGCCCUCUUACUUCAGCAACAACAAAGUGCAGGCUGGUGUGGGUCUGACAGAAGAGACUGCCAGGAAAUAUCUCCGUCACCACUUCACACAAAACAUGCUGUCCCAAAACCCGGUCUCUCUGGUUUCUCCGAAUCAGCUUUCGGUCUGGAUGGUGUCAUCUGGGCGCCCUGCAGUUGGUAAAUCCCUCUAUGUGGAUCGUUUGUUUGAGAAGUUCCAGCAGAAAUCUCCCAGAGCAAGACACAUCAGGAUCAGACUAAUUGAGUCAUGUGUUGACAUUGACUCACUGAUCAAGAAUCUGUCUCAAAAAUUGUCACCUUUACGAGAGCAGGACCCUGUUCUUCUUCACAUUGACACGGCUGGAGUUCGCUCGGGCCUGGAGGAGCUCCUGUUCCACCUGUUGGUUCUGGGCUGUUUGAGCGACAGCCAUGGCAUGCUAUGGAGGAGAAAUCCAGCUCACCUAAUCACUGUGGAGGUCCUGAAAACAAACACUCCCAUUAAAAACCAGCCAAAAGAGAUGAGACUUGGACUUCUUGACAUUCUGCCCACCAUUCAUUGUAGACCUCCGAAGGAGGUGAUGCAGCUGUUGGCCAGUGGAAGGCUCCCAGCAAAGAAGACCUUUGACCCCCUUAUGGAUGAGCAGGAGUUUUGCAGUGAGGGGAUUCAAAGACCAUACCAGUACCUAAGGCUCUAUAACCAGAAUCAGAAUUUGGAUCGCUUUAAUUACAAGAAAGGCUCCAGAGUUGGAGAUGCUAAUGAUUGUCUUCAUCACUUUCUGUUAUUCUGUGGCAUGAAAGACCCAUCUUGGGGUGAACUGAAGAACUUCUCCUGGUUCCUUAAUGUCCAACUGAAAGACUGCGAGAAUUCCGUUUUCUGUGAUCCAGACUUUCUUGCUGACCAGCUUCCAGGCUUCAAGGGCUUCAUUGUGAAGUUCAUGAUUCUCAUGGCAAGAGAUUUUGCCUCGCCCUCCCUGGACACGUCUGAUGAAAGUCCAAUCCUGCGCAUUGAAAGCAGUCUGGAAGACGACCUGCUUACCCGUCUGACACUUCGCAAGCGCUGGGAAAAUGAGUCCCAUCCGUACAUUUUCUUUAAUGCGGACCAUUCCUCAAUGUCAUUCCUCGGCUUUAAUGUGCAGAAAUGUCGAAGGCAGAACACGCUCAAUGCUGUGGAUCCUCUCAGCAAUAAAGUUCUGAUACAGCAUGUCAUGUCCCAUGAGCUUUUUCAUGGUUUGGAACGGCAAAGGAUUUCUCUCACAGAGGACUUUAAUCAGUUGCCCCGGACAGACAAAAUCAAAAGGAUUUCAUGUGUUGUUGGUGCAAGGAAAGGGAUUAUGGACAGGAAUUUUGAUCCAGAUCCAACAUACGAGCUCACAGCUGACAACGUGAUGAAGAUGUUGGCCAUACACAUGAGAUUCCGGUGUGGGAUUCCAGUUGUCAUCAUGGGAGAAACUGGCUGUGGAAAAACCAGACUUGUUCGUUUCCUUUGCAUGCUGCAGAGGGAGGAAAGACCAGUGGAAAACAUGGUUCUUGUCAAGGUUCAUGGUGGAACCACGGCAGAAAUGAUCUACAGAAAGGUGCGGGAGGCUGAAACACUUGCUCACAUGAACCAGCAGAUGCACAAGCUAGACACCAUUUUGUUCUUUGACGAAGCCAACACCACAGAGGCCAUUUUCGCUAUCAAAGAAAUCCUUUGUGACCAAACAGUGAAAGGAGAACCUCUGAAGGCAAAAAGUGGCCUAAAAAUAAUAGCUGCUUGCAAUCCUUACAGGAAACACUCACCUGAAAUGGUGGAACGUUUGGAACGUGCAGGGCUGGGAUACCGAGUGAAGGCAGAUGAAACAGAAGACCGUUUAGGCAAAGUUCCUCUGAGACAGCUGGUGUACAGAGUUCACCCUCUCCCUCCAAGCAUGGUGUCAUUGGUUUGGGACUUUGGUCAGCUGAGUGAUCUAACCGAGAUUUCAUACAUCAAACAGAUUGUCCAGAAGAAAGUUGCAGAUCAUCGUUUGCCAACAGCCUGCAAGAACAUCAUUUCAAAUGUACUGGCAGCCUCACAGAAAUAUAUGAGAAGUCGGAAAAACGAGUGCAGUUUUGUGAGUCUCAGAGAUGUGGAGCGGUCUAUGAAAGUGCUAGUUUGGUUUUACCAGCACAGCGAGGACCUUUUCAGCAACUGCAGUGAACUCAGCGAGGACACAAAAACACUCGAGUGCUUGAUUCUUGCUGUAGGAGUGUGCUACUACCCAUCUCUAGUAGCCAAAGAGGAAUACCUGACUGAAAUUUGUAGGUACUUUCCAAGUCCACUCAACUCUCUUGCAGCCUUGCAAGAAGCGAUUUCUUCCUGUCAAGAUUUUUUCCUUCAGAACAUUCAGACAAGGGAGACCAUUGCCAAGAACAUUGCACUGAAAGAGAAUGUGUUUCUCAUGGUGGUUUGCAUAGAACUCCGGAUCCCACUCUUCCUGGUUGGCAAGCCAGGAAGCUCCAAGUCACUUGCUAAAACCGUUGUUGCUGACGCCAUGCAGGGCCAGAACUCCCACUGUGAUCUGUUCAGGAAACUCAAACAAGUUCAUAUGGUCUCCUUCCAGUGCAGCCCUCACUCAAGUCCAGAGGGCAUCAUAGGGACAUUUAGGAACUGUGCUCGUUUCCAGAAGGACAAAAACAUGGAUGAGUAUGUGUCAGUGGUGGUACUUGAUGAGAUAGGACUAGCAGAAGAUUCUCCACAGAUGCCCCUGAAGACUCUUCAUCCUCUCUUGGAGGAUGGUUGCAUUGACAAUGACAAGCCAGAUCCCCACAUGAAGGUUGGGUUUGUUGGCAUCUCCAACUGGGCUCUUGACCCAGCUAAGAUGAACAGAGGAAUAUUUGUGUCCAGAUGGGACCCAAGUGAGGAUGAACUUGUGGAGACUGCUAAAGGAAUAUGUUCAUCCUGCAACCAGAUUCUCCUGAAAAUCAAACACCUCUUCCCAUCUUUGGCAAAGGCCUUCUUGAGCAUCUGCAGUGAAACCUCAAAGAAUCAGUUCUUUGGUCUGAGGGAUUAUUACAGCCUCAUCAAAAUGCUCUUUGCUGCUGUAAAAUCCACACAACAAGAGCCGGAUGGAGAGCAGCUGGUAGAGGCCAUCUUACGCAACUUCAGCGGACAACCUGAGAGUUUUGACCCUGUUGUAUUUUUCCAAGAACUUCUCCAAGACCUCACAGAAAUUCCCAGACCAAACACCUUGCAAAUGGUGAAAAAGAAUCUUGAUCAUGUCUCCAGCGAGGAGAGCCGUUACCUUCUUUUACUGACCACCAACAAUGCAGCCCUCCAUAUCCUUCAGCAACAAGUCUUUGCAGAAGGAGACUAUCCGCCUCCUGAAAUCAUCUUUGGCUCAGGAUUCCCAAAGGACCAGGAAUAUGCCCAGAUCUGCCGCAACGUAAAUCGUGUGAAAACAUGUAUGGAAACUGGACGUACAGUUAUCCUCCUUAACAUGCAGAAUCUUUAUGAAAGCUUGUAUGAUGCCUUGAACCAGUACUAUGUUUAUCUCAGUAAGCAGCAGUACGUCGAUCUGGGUCUUGGCUCCCACAGAGUCAAAUGCCGCGUACAUACAAACUUCAGACUAGUGGUAGUAGAAGACCAGAAGAAGGUCUACGAGCACUUUCCUGUACCCCUCAUCAACAGGUUGGAAAAACACAGAGUGGAUCGGAGCACUGAUCUGGAAUCAUGGCAGCAUAGGAUCCUCGAUAAACUCAGAGAGUGGGUGAAAGAAUUCUCAGGUGAAGCCAACAAGGAUUUCAGGCUGUCUGACAUUUUUAUUGGUUUCCAUGGCGAUGCUUGUGCCAGUGCUCUUUUGCAAGCACUAGAGAGGAGGGGACAAAAAGUUGGGGACAGUGAAGUAAGACAGCAACAACACGAUGAACCAAAAACCAACACAGACAAACCAACACAGAAGACUGAGAUGGAGGACCAUCAGUUUGUUGAUGCAAUGGACACACUGCAGGAAAAUGAAACAGUGGAAAACCAUGAUGACGAAUCCAGAGUGGAUUGUGAUGUAAAUGAAGGGAUGCUGGAAAACGAAGUAAUAAUGGAGACAGAAAAUGAGGUUGGAUCCGUCAGAGAAACUGAGGAAGAGGAGGUGUUGGAUUUAGCCAAACGUUUGUUACUGAACUGUGCCACCCCUGAUGCUGUGGUGAGGCUCAAGUAUUCCGAUUUAUCAAAUCAGGAGCGGGAGAAACUCCAGAGACUGUACUUCCAGCAGCAGCAUCACCACUCACUCAGAGAUUUUCUGGGAGAUUACCUCGUCAAGAAUCAAGGUUCCACCAAGUUUCUGGAGGUUACUACGUUCUCCAGCUUGCUAACCAGAUCAGAUGUAAGGGUUGUAGCCCACACUCUAGGGCUGCAUACAGAUCAGAUCCUCCUGCUCUCACUCCACCAGUUUGACACAGAGGUCUCUUUCUGCAAUAAAAUAAGGGGCUUUCUUCAGGGUGCUCGCCCCUCUCUUCAUGUUCUGCUAAUCCAGAUGGACCUCGAGGAAUCCCAGUGCAGCGAUGAGCUCAUUGCAUCAGCCAAGUACUGCACCAUGAAUUACAUGAUGUCACUGGAGGAUCAGACCUGUUGGGUGAUUUUCAUUGUAAAGGUUUCAAGGAUCCCAAGUCAGUCCCAGUACAUUGGUUUCCAGGGAGGAGUCUGGCACUCGGUGCACAUCGAUGACCUGAGGGAUUCAGAGGACAUGAGUCUGAACCUGUUGGUUUUCUGUGGGACUCUCAUUAGCAGUCUGCUCAAACCUGCACAGACAGAAAAUCAAACAGAGAAUGAAGCCAUGAGGACAGCGGAUGACUCAGAAACAGACAGAAACGUGGACAGAGCCCACCUUCACAGCCUGUCUUUGGUGAGAUCAUGUAUCCAGAAAGCUGUGGGUUUGCUGAGGGACCCCAACAACGUGACAUCGAGAAGCAUGCAGCGGAUGCACAUCCUUCUGACGCUUCUGUCCACUGAUCAGAAGAGCUCAGCUGAGUUCCAGAGGACAUUGCUGUGUAGACUGGCUGAGGCUUUGGUGCAGAGAGAAGAAAGGAUGGGCUCACCUAAAGAGUGGGUGAGCUUAGAGGCCAAGAAGCGCCAGGCUCUACAGGAGGGGGGGACUCUGAGACAUACUCUGUGGAGAUGUCUUCAGUCCACCGUGACACCGAUCUUGGCCAACAUGUUGGAAGUUAUGGACAGGUAUGCAAACCUGGUCCUGCUCUCUGAUGACAGGCUGAGCCAGGGCCUCAAACAGCUGUGGAUGGACAUCCUGGCAGAUUCGCAGAUUUUACACCUAACACCUCUCCAAAACCCAAGUGAGUCAGACCAGGAGGUGCUGGUUCAGCACUGCUUCUUGUUGGAUGGUGAAGAACAACCAUGCUUGGCCCCCUUCAGCUGGCUUGUAAAAACUCACCUUGAAAGCCUGUGGGAAGAAUCCGAAUUCAUUCCAGUAACAAAAGAAGGUGGCGCUGAGAGGAUCCUCCAGUUUGUGAGCGCCUUCGACAGCAGCAGGCUGGGCGUCCACUUCCAGAAACUCUCAGAGGGGGAGCGAAGGGAGUACGGCCUCCUCUAUCUGCAAGACUUCCUGCUGCUGUAUUUGAAGAUAAAGUCCAAGGAUGAGCUCAAGGUGUUCACCAGAGCCAUGCAGGGCUUCGUGUCAGAGCUCCAAACAUCCAUGGGAACCAUCGUCCACCUCUCUCCUGCUUGGAUUAUGGCAGCUGCAAAGUACUUUGAGGCCAGACUCGACACAAUGUGCCACAUUCUUUUACUGCAGCCCCAGUUAGCCGUUGAUGUCCUUCAGCGGGGGUCGAAGAGGAGGGAGCCGCAGGAAAUGAUGGAAGACCUUUUAGUUCUUUGUAUGUGCGUUGAGCACACCAAACUGUUGGCUGUGACUUCCCUUCACGAGUGCGAGUCCUUUCUGAGCAGAGUGGAGUUACUGCAGCCGUGCUUAGACAGAGCGUUCGGUCAAAAAUAUGCCGCCCUCUGUGGUGGCGUCUGUAUGCAGCAUCUGGACUCCAUCAGAUCAUUGUGGCAAGGGAUUCUGGUCGUUGCUUCUUUCAUCCAACAUGUCAUUUUCAAAGUUAAGCAAGAUGAUUCAAGACUGAAAGAGCUGGCGAUCAAACACUACAACCUUCAGCUAAACCUGAUGCAGGAGUCACCUGAUAUAAGAAGUUUGGACACACUACAGCAGCUGAUUCGCAUCCUCAAUUCUUUCCAUGAUGAGUGCAUCAGCAGGGAUCUGAGGUUUGGCCUUUCUUGCCCAGUUUGCCUGUUGGAGCUUGCUGAGCCGUCCGUUCUGCCCUGCCAGCAUGUCGUCUGCAUGACGUGUCUCCAGCGCUGCAUCCAGCAGCACAGGCGUUCCUGCCCGAAAUGCAGGGCUGACCUACCAAAUGACUUCACACCAACCAUUUCUCACCAAGUCAAGGCAGCACUUGAGCAGCAGGCAGCCAUCAGACGCUGCUGUAACGCCUUCUUCCUGGAGGUGGUGUCCAGGUUCUGUCUGUCAGAGGUGCAGCAGCCUGAAGAGGGGGUGGUGGAGCUGCUCUUCUCUUUACUUGUCUCAGCUAACGGAGAUAUUUACCACACCAGAGAGCUCACUCCCUUCCUGGAGUGUGUGGACAACAGCCCGGUGGUCCGAUCGGUGCUGCCCAAACUGCUGCUGCAGCACAGUUUUGACCAGGUAAAGACUCAUAUUCAGGCCUACCUGAAGAAUCUGGAGGAGAACCUUCUAGACAUGGAGGACCGCACUGAACUCUACCUGCUGUUUGUUAACUGCUUCCAGGACACUCUGCUGUGCUCAAAAGCAAAAGAAGUGGAGAAGAGUAAAGAACUGCAAGCCGAAAUCGGAUUUCUGAGCAGGAUUGCCAGGAAACAGACCCCAGACCGACAGGAGGACCCGGCGGAGUUCCUGCUCAACACAGCCAAGCUGCGGAUUUACCUGAGCACUGCUGCUAAUCUGCUGGAGAGAGCUAACCUUCAAGGUAAAGAGGUGGAGGCUGUAGAGUACCUACUGCAGGUGAGGGGAGUGUUUGAGUACAGUGGUAAUGACUGGCUCAGGGUUUACCUGCUGCGAGCCCUCUACAGACGCUCUGGUAUGGACUGCAUACUGUCCCUGAUGAACAGCCCGGCCUACAGGUGGAUCUUCCCUGCAGAACUUCUGCGACUUCAGAGGAUGAUUCCUACUAAUGUGGACCAAUUCCUGUGCUGCGGGGCGGCCUACAGAACCAUGAGAAAUGCCGUGGCCCAGGUUCUGAUGGAGAAACGGUCUGAAAACUUUGUGACAGAGCUGCAGAAGCUGAGAGGCUCUCAGAUCAGUUUUGUGGCUCUGGCCCUGUUCAGACACAUCACAUGCCGCUACAAGUCAUCUGACCCCAACAUAUGUCCUUCUUCACAGGAGAAAGCGAGACUGGAAGAUCUCCUCAGAAACAUCAACUCAAGGGAGUUUAGGAAGUUCUGCUCAUCUCUGCUGUCCAACCAUAUUGGUGGAUCAGGCUCGCGGCUCCAGAUCAGCUCAACUCUGUCAACUCAGAGACAAAUCCUCCUGGAGCUGCUGAUCCAUCUGGACUCCGUUCUCCUCUGUGGAAACCAUCUGCUGGUUCCUCUUCAUCACAUAGCCUUCCAGCCUGAGAACGUCACGAAGUCAUUUCUGCCAACGAUGCCUGAUGAUCACAGCAGUGAAGCCAGACAGUGGAUGAGCAGAGAGAAAGUCCGCCAGUACCAAUGUGCAAAUGGACAUGUUUGCUUUGUGGGCGAGUGUGGGAGACCAGUGGAAAGAUCAAAAUGUCCUGACUGUGGGCUUCCUGUUGGAGGAGAAAGACACAUCCCAGUUCAAGGCUUCACUCAACACACUCAGCAGAGGGAUCAGACUCGGACAGGACACAUUCUCGGUGAGGCUCAUCAGAGGUCUGAAGCUCCAAACAGACAGUUGACUUCUGCUCAGUCCUGCAUCCUGCGGCUCCUGACGCACCUCGCCAUGCUUCAAGGCACCAUAAGAAAUGAAAGAAGUGUUGCUGACAUGAUCCACCCAAGGCCACAUGAUGUCUGCAGCUUCCUGUGGAACCACCUGGAGAAGGACAUGGCGGUGUUGGGGAAGAUUCUGGAUCAGAACAUGGACAACACAGCAGUGACAGUUCAUUUGAUUCUGACAGGAUUUCCUACAGGUUUUCAGGGUGCAAGACCGGAUCUGUCCUCCAGACAGGGACGGCAGCAGUGGGAGGCACUCGUCUGCGAAUCUGCCAUCAACCCAAUACUUCAAGAUUUACCGAAGAAUCUGGCUGAAGCUCAGGACAGAAUCAGCGCUGAUGAAGGACUCACUGGAAGCCCCCUGAUGACUCUUCUCCAUGGCGACCCUGAGAAGAUGUUAUCCCUUCCUUCAAACUGCCCGACACAUCGCUCAUCCUUCUGGACUCUGCGUGAGACGUUGACGGUGGAGCGUUUCUCUCAGUUGGCGGGAGAGACGCACAGACGCAGCUCUUUAACGCUGCUCUGCUUGUUUGUUAAGAAGAUACACUGUGUGCGGCAGCUACAUCACCUGCCUGAGCUGGCUGCUUUACAGUCAGACCUGAUGAGGGUGUUUCCACUGACCUCAGGCUCUCCAUCUCAGACCAUCGCGCAGAUGUUACAGCGGAUACCUGCAGGGUACCAGAAGAAGAUGCUGGCAGAGAGAGUGGAGAGAUUCAUCAGAGUGUGGAACUGCCUCAGAGCCGAGGUGGCAAACAACUCAGCAGAUUUUGGAGUGGAUGUCAAUCUCUGUGAGAAGGAGCUGACAAUGGAGAGCUCAGGGGAGUAUCUGACACCGUGUCGGCAUGGACCAGGUUCUUGCCUCCGAACUCUGCUGGACUUCUUGUCAGAGACUCAUAACAGCCUGGUGAGGGAGGCCAGGAGGAUGAGCCGCUAUAAAGACAGUGACUACAGUGUUCCUUUAGAGAGAAUAUCAGAGACCCAGCUGACACUGUGCCACCCCGAACGAGAGCUGCUGCCACUCGUUUUAGCAAACUGCAACUACACUCUGGAGAAAGGUGGGGAGACUGGCAGCAGCUACGACCUGCCAGGAAUCCAGACCCAGCUGGCUCGUCGCUUCCUGACUGGAAAACCACUUAUCAUGGCGGACACAUCCAGGUAUCUGAACCGACACCUGCAGGAUUUCUCUGUGGUUCUGGCUGAUGUCAGAGGAAAGAUCCAUCAGGACGCGCUGAAGGGCUCGGUGAGCAGCACCAUGAGAACUGUGCUUCGUUCUUACACAGAUGUUUGUGACGCUGUGUUUGUGGUGGAGAUUGGCCUUCGCUUUCUGGGGAAGAUGGGCGGAGAUCCACAGGGUCAACUCUUGUCCUACCUGAGAGAUUCACUGCAGUUGGGCCCACAGAUUUCCAGCACUGUAGCCAAGGGUCUUGGUGACAGCAAACUGGAGCACAGCAUCUUCACCUGGCAGCUCCUGACUUGUUGGAAGUCUGAGCUUAUGCUGAGCAGGAAGCAAGAUCCGUUUCAGAAGCUGUCUGCAGAGUUCCAGCAGAAGCUGUCGGAGGAGGACCGGAGAGGGUUGAAGGCUUUUCUUGCUGUCACAGAUGUUGAGACCUUCGCUUUGGAGCUGCACGAAAUUCUGCUCUUGAAGACGAGCAGUGCAAUUCCAGACCAGAGUUACCAGCCUCACUGGGACAUCAGGUCCACCUUAGAGGUCCAUUUGGAGCAGAAAGACCUUCCACUUCUACUUGGGCUCGAGUCUUUACCGGAGGAGAUCAUGCUGGGGCAGGGAGCUGAUGUGUGGAGGGCAGCUGUGGAGUUCAAAAGAAGAUAAAAUACUUAGAUUAAAGCUGUCAUCAGUAAAUCAAGUCAUUCCAGUGACUGGAGAGAUUAUUAUUUAAUGUGCCUUUCUGUUAAGAUAUUUUAGAUUGAAUGAAUUAUUUGAGAUGUCAUAUUCAAUCAGUUAUUUCUAUGCUUAUUAUGUCAUAAAUAAAUUAAUGA